AUGGACAGGCUCAAGGGCAUUGGAGACAGAGGAAGCAAUUCUAUCUCUUCUGAAGAAUCUAUUUCAACGGGUGAGUUCUUUCCUUGCCUUUCUACUGCUGACUCUGAUAUAGUUCGUUGCAAUAAUCGUAUGUCUAGUAAGUCUGAGGUGGGGCUGAAGGUGUGGAUCUCUAUUGUGAAUCUGGGAUUGGAGAGUCAUAAGAAAGGUUUUGUGAAUGAGAGGUUGAUUAAUGAUAUGGAGAUGAGGGAUAAGGAGGAGACAAAGUUAGCUACGUUUAAUGAGGACAUUGCUGGUGCGUUUUGGGGCAAUAAGGAUGUUGAGUGGACGACUAGCAAUUCGAUUGGGGCAGCGGGCAGAAUGGUGAUAUUAUGGAGGAAAGGAGCUUUGUCUGUAAACUAUAGUUUUGUGGACAAAGGUUAUGUGGGGAUCAACAUCAAUUGGAAGGGUGCGGAGUAUAAUUUGGUGAACGUAUACGUGGCUUGCAAUAGGGCGGAUAGACUCUUACUUUGGGAAUCUUUGUUAUCCAAGAAGAGGUCGAGAGGUCACGAGGAAUGGUGUGUGGUGGGAGAUUUUAAUGAAGUUUUGAGAAAAGAAGAGAGAAUUGGAGAGGGAGGAAAUCAGUUUACUAGAGGAAUGGAGGAGUUUCGGAGUUUUGUUGAGCAAAUGGAUUUAGUAGACAUAAAUUGUGUUGGAGGGAAGUUCACAUGGUUCAAAGACAAUGGUAAGGCUAUGAGUAGAUUAGAUAGAUUCUUGCUCUCGAAGAAAUUUGUAGAGGAGUGGGAGGGCUUCAAAUCUUUUGUUGAACUUGAAUGGAAGAAGUUGAUUGUUAAAGGGAGGGGGGAUUUUGUUCUCUAUGAAAAGUUAAAAAGAUUAAGGGAGAGGCUUCGGGUGUGGAAUAGGGAAGUGUUUGGUUGGAUAGAGUUGAAGUUGGAGGACGCGUCGGAGAAGAUCAAUGUUUUUGAUAAGGUGAUUGGGGAGAACAUGGGAGGUAAUAAGGAAGUAGUGGUUAAUGAUAUAAGGACGGCUACCAAAGAUCUUUGGAAUUGUUUGAAUGUCAAGGAAAGCAUGCUUAGGCUAAAGUCUCGUAAUCUUUGGUUGAAGGAUGGAGACAAGAAUUCUAGAUUCUUCCAUAAUUCUAUAAAGGAGAGGCAUAGAUGCAAUGUGAUAACUUCUUUGGAAGGCAGUACCGGUAGAGUAGAAGGUGUAGAAAACAUUAAAGAGGAGGUUAAAAGAUAUUUCCUUGAGUUCUUUAAGGAGGAAGAUAGUGCGAGACUGGUUAUGGAUGGCCUUGAUUUUAAUAGCUUGGAAGCGGGGGAUGCGUCUUGUUUGGAGAGAAAGUUCUCGGAAUAG